AUGAGCAAAGACUCCCAGAUGAGAGCCGCGAUAAACCAGAAGUUGAUAGAAAUGGGCGAACGGGAACGGUUGAAAGAACUGCUCAGGGCCAAGCUGGUGGAGUGUGGCUGGAAGGAUCAGCUGAAAGCACACUGCAAAGACGUGAUCAGGGAAAAGGGCCUGGAGCACGUCACAGUGGAGGACCUGGUCACAGAAGUCACACCCAAAGGCAGAGCACUUGUCCCCGAUAGCGUGAAGAAAGAACUCCUGCAGAGAAUCAGAGCUUUUCUAGCUCAACAUGCAACCUUGUGAAGCGGAUGAUUCCAGUCUUAGGCAUUUUUUUACUCACUGUAGGUCCACAAUAAUAAAAACAACAAAAAAAAAACCCAUACAGAUGUUUGUUCUCAUUGUGAGCAACGCUGAAGUGUUAUUUUUAUUUUUUAUCAUGUGUUUUGAUAUUGAUUUUAGUUUAUUGUUAUGCGUUUUUGGAGAAAAAUGAAAUAAAGCCAUGCCUAUUUUUGGUCAA